AUGAUGAAACGCCAGAACAUACGAACAUUGUCGCUGAUUGUCUGUACUUUAACUUACCUUCUGGUGGGGGCGGCGAUUUUCGACGCCCUGGAGAGCGAUUAUGAGGGGCGACGGCGGAGCACACUCCAAUAUAUCGAAAAGAUGCUCAUAGGAAAAUACAACAUUUCCGAAGUAGACGCAAAAAUAUGGCAAACUGUCAUGGUGAAAACCGCAAACCGUGCGGUGCGACAAUGGAAAUUCACCGGAGCCUUUUAUUUCGCCACGACCGUACUUACAACGAUAGGGUACGGUCACUCGACACCGGCAACGUGGGGCGGGAAGACGUUCUGCAUGUUCUAUGCCCUAGUCGGGAUCCCCCUGGGUCUCGUCAUGUUCCAAAGCAUCGGUGAACGACUCAACACCUUUGUAGGGUAUUUGCUGAAGCACGCGAAGAGAUGUUUCAGAUUGCGCAAUACGGAGGUCUCCGAAACGAAUCUUGUCUGUUUCGUUUCAAUUUUGAGCACUGUUGUGAUGACGACCGGAGCCGCUGCUUUUUCAGCGUACGAAGGUUGGGAUUAUUUCGACUCCUUCUACUACUGUUUCAUAACUUUAACAACAAUAGGUUUUGGGGAUUAUGUCGCGCUCCAGUCCAAAGAUCACGCUCAUCAGCGACCCGAAUAUGUUGCGUUUUCCUUGGUAUUUAUCCUGUUCGGUCUCUCGGUGGUCUCUGCUGCCAUGAAUUUACUCGUCCUCCGAUUUCUGACGAUGAAUACCGAAGAUGAACGGAGAGAUGAAGCCGAAGCAAUCAAUGCUGCUCUCGAAGCCGUGCGUCUCGAGGGUGAUGUCAUAACGGCAAACGGAUCGAUAAUUUCCGGACACACCGGGACAGGCAACUAUCGAACGAAUCUAGGCAAUCUCGGAGCAAUACCCGCAACAAGCGCCGCCGGUUCAAACGGAGACGAUGCCUCCGUUUGUUCGUGCACCUGUUAUUCUAAGAAAAACAAGAACAAUAAGGAAAAUUACAGAAAAACUCUGCAGGCAGCUGCCCACGCAGCCGCGAGUUCCCGACGUUCAUCACUCGCUGUGGCUAGGCGACUAUCUGCAAAAUAUUCACCUCUUCAGUUAGCUAAAUUGCUGAAGUCGUGUCAAGUAGAAAACGCCGCUCUUGCGGGUCCCAGCGGGCUUCAGAAGCACAUGUCGGAGUCCAGUAAAGAUUUAGCGCAUGCUCUCCCAUCCACGCUAGAACUCAGCGAUGAACCCGCAUCCCCUGUCCCCGAGACCGUGCUCGACCUAUCCGACGAUGCCAUAAUGCCUUAUACGCUGCUACACCAUCAGCAGCAACGGCUCCAAGAGCAACAGCCGCAACUCCAAUUCGAGGACCAACACCUUUGUCAACAACAACAAUUUCAGCACCUUCAACAACAGUACCAAUACCAGCUCGCCGCACAGCAACAAACGUACGCCUACUUCCACCAACCUCAGUAUCAGCAGCUCGGACCGCCGUCUACGUGUCAGCACGCGUGCCAGACAUCGUCAAAUCAUCGAAGAUACGACGAAUUCGACGAGCGACAGUAUGCCGAUGAAGUUACCCCGUUUUCUGAUUUCUAUUCGUCAAUAGAACAACAACAACCGCAGCUGCCAUCAGCUCAACAGAUGCAGCAACAGCAGCUGUCGCUCUCACAACAAUCACUACAGCUGCAUCAGCAGCAAGUGCAACAACUGCACCAGCAUCACCAGCAACAAGUACAACAGCUGCAGCAGAAACAUCUACAACAGGUCCAACAGCUAGAGCAGCAGCAACAACAACAGCCCGCGGAUCAUCGCAUCGACAUGAACCAAUUCAUAGAACAACUCGAGGCAAAUCGUGAAGUUCUCCUGUGA